ACAGAGAGAUAGAGACAGAGAGAACGAUCACAAUCCAAGGUCCAGAUCUUCCGGCGAACGACCACCGUCUGCGGCGGCCCGGAAAACUUUAAAGCUCGAGUUAUUCGCCGGCGAUCGCGACGAUGAGUUCGCAGCAUCGCCAGCGUAAAGGCGCGAUUAAGGUUUCGGAAAACGGAACUGAGUCAGCGAAGACGACGAUGCAGACGAAGAGGCCGAGAUUGGUGAAGUACGAGGAGUUGCCGGAGUAUUUGAAGGACAACGAGUUUAUUUUAGACCAUUACCGGUGCGAAUGGCCGUUGAAGGACUUGCUCCUCAGCCUCUUCUCUCUCCACAACGAGACCUUCAAUAUUUGGACGCAUUUGUUAGGAUUCCUGUUAUUCGCCGGAUUGACGGCGGUGAGCUUGACAGGGAAGACGGAGCUCGCAGGUCCUCUCAGUAAAUUCUCAAGUGGAUCGGUUCUUUUUCCGUUGAUGAUGAUGAGAACGACGACGGAACUCAACGUCUCAAGUAACGUAAUUCAGGAUCCUCAACUGAGGCAGAUUUCACCCCCAUCAACUUACAACGAAUCUUCUUUACACGGCAACAAUAUCAUCCCACUAUGGCCGUGGUUCAUCUUCUUGGCAGGCUCAAUGACCUGCUUAAUCUGCAGCACAAUCUCCCACCUCCUCUACGCCCACUCCAAGCGCUUCAACCUCUUCUUCUGGCGCCUCGACUAUGCCGGCAUUUCCAUCAUGAUCGUCUCCUCCUUCUUCGCCCCCAUAUACUACGCCUUCUCUUGCAACCCCUACUCCCGCUUUUUCUAUCUCACCUCCAUUUCACUCCUUGGCAUUCUUGCCGUCAUCACGCUUCUCUCGCCUUCUCUCUCCUCUUCCCAUUAUCGCCCUUUCAGGGCUUACCUCUUCCUCACCAUGGGGUUCUCCGGUGUGAUCCCCGCGGUGCACGCCAUUGUGCUUCAUUGGGGUAGUCGCCAUAUCGCUGUGGCUAUUUGUUAUGAGAUUGCCAUGGCUUGCUUCUAUGCUUUAGGAGCUGCCUUCUAUGUGAAGCGGGUACCGGAGAGAUGGAGUCCUGGAAAGUUCGAUAUUGCGGGGCAUAGCCAUCAGAUCUUUCAUGUCUUUGUUGUUCUUGGGGCUCUUGCUCACGGUGUCGCCACUCUAAUUGCGUUUGACCUUCGCCGUGCAAUGCCAACUUGUUAAUAUUAUUGGCCCCAAAAACCGUCUAGCUAUUUAUUAACUCAAUAUUUCGAAUGCAACGUUGUUAGAUUUUAGCAAAUUUGAGUCGGGAUGAAUGGAAGCGCGCUUUAUUAGCCCUUCCACGCUUAAUUAGGGUCGGGAAUUGGUGAGGGCUUUCAUCAUCUCUCGACUUGCUAGAUUUUUUUUUUUUUUUUUUGUAAUUCCUUUUCUUGGGAGAGCGCGGAAACGAAAACUUGUUUCAGUUUCAUGGGAGGCCAGUGUCUUAUUGUUGUACUUUGGAAUUCUAGCAAUGUAUGUUUAUAUUUAAUAAUUAAAUAUUUCUCACAAUUAUAGACAUGG